AUGACGCUCACCAGAAGAGGCGCGGAUAUGGUAGCAACCGUGACGGUGCUCGUCGGGUUGUCUAUCACUGCGGUUUUGCUUCGAGUCUUGGCCCGGUUCAGGAGAAGAGUCCAAUUCGGAAUGGACGACUACCUUUGCUUUGCUUCUGCAGUCCUACUACUCGCAAUGCUCAUUGAGCUCAUUUUAUGGGUCCUCAUCGGCGGCAACGGCUCCCACAAGACAGACCUCAAUGAGGAGACCAUGAAGAACUUCUACAAGAUCUUCCUCGCAAACGAAUUCACCUACUUCAUUCUCAGCCCCGCAAUCAAAAUCUCCAUUGUCUGCUUCUACCGGCGCGUCUUCACAAUCAAGCCGUUCCAAUGGGCCUCCUUCGCAAUCAACAGUCUAAUAGCCGCCUGGGGCGCCGCCAUCUUCCUCGCCUGCGCGCUGCAAUGCCGUCCCCUCAACUCCUAUUGGGACCAUACCGUCCCAGGAACCUGCUUUGACAGCAACAAGUUCAUCAUCGUCAACCAGAUCUUUAACGUCAUUAUGGACUUCGUCAUCCUCGCCCUCCCCGUGCCCAUGAUCUGGAACCUUCAGCGCGCAUGGCAGGACAAGCUCGCGCUGAACGGCGUCUUCGCCCUCGGCGGCUUUGUCUGCUUCGCUUCCAUCUACCGUAUCGUCGUGCUCUUCUGGAUCGAGCCUGCGGACAUCACCUACACAGUCUACCAGGCAACCCUCUGGACGCACAUCGAGCCAUCUAUCGGCCUCAUCUGCUCCUGCCUCCCUGUCAUUCGUGGCCUUUUCCCAAGGUUGAAGCUCUCGGGUAGUCGUAAGGCAACGGCGCCAUACUAUAUCAAUACCGGCAUCACGGGUUCGCACUACGGGCUUUCGAGCGCGAAGUCGCCUGCUUCGGAAUUCUUCAAGCUUGAGGAUAAGUCGUCGAUCUCGCGCUCGACGAGUGGGACCGGAGUUACGAGUCCUACAGUUCCUCCGCCGUAUCUAGGGCCCCUCGAUAUCCAGGUUCGCACGGAUAUCAAUGUCGAGCAGGGCGACAAGUCGUUGCGUACGCACUCUCACUCUUCGACUUGA